AUGUCCGCAGAAAAUCUAGCCUGCGAGGAACACUUUCGAUCGCAAUUUGACCGUGACACCGUAACCGGUAGGUAUAUUGUUCGCCUUCCAUUCAAGGAUAAUGUGGUAAAACUCGGGGAAUCACAAUCAGUGGCGCUCAAACGAUUCCACAGUUUAGAACGCAAGCUUUCUAAGUGCCCAGAUGUAAGGCGCGAAUAUGAAACAUUUAUGGACGAGUAUUUGAGAUUGGGACACAUGUCCCUACUUAAGACUUCACCCACCGAGCAGGGCUAUUAUUUACCGCACCACUCCGUAGUAAAGCAAUCAAGCUUAACCACAAAACUCCGGGUUAUUUUCGAUGCAUCGGCCAAAACGUCAAACGGGAUCUCUCUAAAUGACGCGUUACUGGUAGGACCGACCAUUCAGGAGGAUCUCUUCUCCAUAUUAGUGCGUUUUCGAUCACACUCAUAUGUGAUGACCGCUGAUGUGGAGAAGAUGUACCGUCAGAUUCUGGUUCACUCGAAGGACCGCGUGUACCAGAAGGUUUUGUGGCGCUCGAAUGUCUGCGAUCCGAUUAAAACGUACACGUUGAAUACGGCAACCAACGGCACAUCCGCUGCACCCUUUCUAGCCAUUCGAACAUUACAUCAGCUCGCCGCUGACGAAGGGAAGGAGUUCUCGCGGGCAGCUACAAUAAUUCGCGAGGAUUUCUACGUAGAUGACCUUCUGACUGGGGCUAGAACAUAUGACGAGGCCGUGAUUAUACGCGACGAAUUAAUAAACAUCUGUAAACGAGCUGGAUUUAAACUCCGCCAAUGGGCAGCGAAUGACGAGCGACUGACAGAGACAUUAGGUGACAGAACAAACAACCGACUUUUACGACUUGACCUGGACGAUACGGUAAAGACGUUAGGACUAUGCUGGAAUGCUAAACACAACAUGAUUACAUAUGACAUUCAAGAACUAAGGCAACCCAACCGCGUGACUAAACGAACAAUACUCUCUCAAACUGCAACGCUUUUCGAUCCUCUUGAAAUAUUGGGACCCGUAAUCGUACGCGCAAAAAUAUUAUUACAAUCGCUCUGGAAACUACAGCUGGAUUGGGACGAAUCAGUACCGUUGGACAUCCACACCCAAUGGAGUACAUACUGUCGCGAUUUAAUUCAAUUAAAGAAUUUAAAUAUAAGACGACAGAUCACUCCAAAGGAGUAUGAAAUGUUGCAAUUACACGGAUUCUGCGAUGCCAGUGAGCAAGCUUAUGGGGCGUGCAUUUACAUUCGCGGAGUCGACAAACACGGUAAAACUUCAACACAGUUAAUAGCCUCGAAAUCAAGGGUUGCCCCAAUUAAAACAAUCACUUUGCCACGAUUGGAGUUGUGCGCAGCUCAUCUAUUGUCAAAGCUAUACGAAACCGUUAUAGGCGCACUCCGUAGAUUAUCAUUCCAAAAACCGAUAUUUUGGUCAGACUCUACCAUAGUGCUACAUUGGAUACGGACAUCACCGCAUUUACUAAAAACAUUUGUGUCACAUCGAAUCGCAGACAUUCAGAGACUCACCCAAGCGCACGAAUGGCACCAUGUACAAUCUGCGGACAAUCCGGCUGAUCUAAUAUCGUGCGGCUCUAAUGUAGCAACCCUACUAAACGAUCAUCUUUGGCAUCAUGGUCCCGAAUGGUUAGGCGAGCUAGAAAUAGAAUGGCCUUUUAAUCAGUUGGAUUUGGCGACAAAAGUUCCGGAAAUGCGACCUCUCGUAGCACUGCAUACACAAAAUGGCGAAUUCAAUUUAUUCGAAAGAUACUCCUCCUAUGGGAAACUCAAUCGAGUCGUGGCAUACAUAUUACGUUUCCGAUUCAUCACUUCUCGCAAGGAAUCUCAAGGCAGGACUCUAACUGCCACAGAACUUCGCGAAGCGGAACAAUGCAUCGUAAAAUGCAUCCAAGGUAGAGCGUAUAAGAAUGAACUUCAUGCGUUAGGGGCAGGUAGUCUCACCACAUCAUUAGCACCCCUAAAUCCAUUUAUAGAUGCGACAGGUAUUUUACGCGUCGGCGGUCGGUUAUCUAAGGCGCAUAUACAACCCGAUAUGAAGCAUCCGAUACUACUACCGAAAGACGAGCAUAAAACAAAAUUGAUAAUACAAGAGCAUCACAUUAAUAGCCUCCACGCCGGCACGCAAGCCACACUAAACAACUUACAGCAAAAAUUUUGGAUUCCUAACGGAAGGAAUGUUGUGCGUAGGAUAAUCCACCGUUGUACGACAUGCCAUCGUGCAAAACCGCCAAUCGCGAGCUAUAAGAUGAGCGGCCUACCUGCCUCGCGUCUUGCAGAAGCGAGACCCUCCUUACGAGCCGGUGUCGAUUAG